GUUACAUUCUCAUGUCACAAUGGCUUCGAACUAGUAGGACCAGAAACAAAAACUUGUAAAGAGAAAGGAAAUCGAUUUAGAUGGUCACCAAGACGACCAAUCACAAAAUGUCAAAAAGAACUCAAGUUGAUCGGACUCAACAAGAAGAUUCAUAUGGGACAAGAUCUGAACCAAGCAUUACAACUGAACCAAGCGCAGAAACUUUGCAAGCUCCAAACAUUGUUAUCGUAAUCGCUGAUGCACUUGGUUACAAUGACGUUGGGUUUAGGAACCCCAAGUUUGUGACACCCGUCAUAGAUACCUUGUCAAAAGAAGGAAUCCGCCUAGACAAUUACUACGUUGAAGCAUUUGCAACCGGUUUUAGAGCAAGUCUGAUGACUGGGAAGUACUUCCCAAACACUGGAUCAAUGGCAUUUAUCCAGAAUGCCGUAGACAAUUGUGUUCCCCACGAUGAACUUAAUCUGGCUGAGAGGUUACAACGUGUUGGUUACUCUACGUCUUUCAUUGGUAAAUGGCAGAUGGGAUAUUCAAGGACGUCGUGUUUACCUAGAAACAGAGGAUUUGAUUACUUCUAUGGACUUGAUUUUUGGGAAAACGACGAACCAGUUCUUGACGCCGAUGGAGAAUUUGGAACAGAUCUGAUAACAUCAAAGGCAAUCGAAAGGAUUGAAAUGCAAGACGACGACAAGGCAUUGUUUUUGACUGUGGCAUAUGAAACUCGAAAGCCAGCUAAUCCGCCAGAAGAAUAUAAAAAUAAAAUUAUUGAUAUACCAGAUGGCAAACUUGGUCCUCUCAAAAGUCCAAGGAAGGACUUUGCAG